AGUGUGGCUGUAAAGUAAGAAGCCACACGUUUACUGGAGAAUUUAAUGUUGUUGGGACAAUCGUUUUUCGCAAACUUCAUCACAGAAAAUGUCUUCACUUCUCAAGGUGGAUAGUGAAAUUAAAACCAAGGUAGACGCUUUCAGGGAACGUAUCACAGCCGAAGCAGAGGAUCUAGUCGCAAAUUUUUUCCCAAAGAAGUUAUUGGAACUUGAUCAGUUUCUCAAGGAUCCAAGCAUAAACAUCUCUGAGCUAAAGGAGAUACACUCAGAGAUUAAUCUGACAGUACCAGACCCCAUCUUGCUCCCAAACCUACAUGACGGACUGGAAGGGCAAAAUGCCAAAAAGAGAAAGCUGGAGGAUGAAGAUGGGGUGGACAUGGUGACUGGCACCAAGGUCUUUGUCAUGCCAGGUGGGAUGAUGAAGAGCAAUGCAAACCUUGUUGAUCUUAUUGAAAAGGUCAAGCCAGAGAUCAGGACACUCAUAGAGAAAUGUAACACAGUCAAAAUGUGGGUUCAGCUGCUUAUCCCCAGGAUAGAAGAUGGCAACAACUUUGGUGUGUCAAUCCAGGAGGAGACGGUUGCUGAACUCCGAACAGUUGAAGGAGAGGCAGCGUCAUACCUCGACCAGAUAUCAAGAUACUACAUCACAAGAGCAAAGCUGGUUUCUAAAAUAGCAAAAUAUCCACAUGUGGAAGACUAUCGGCGCACAGUUACGGAGAUUGAUGAGAAGGAGUACAUCAGUUUGAAGAUCAUAGUUUCGGAGCUCAGAAAUCAAUACGUAACAUUACAUGACAUGAUCUUGAAGAACAUCGAGAAGAUCAAGAGGCCUCGAAGCAGUAAUACUGACGCCUUGUACUGAUGUUCGUUCAGUCAUCUCAACCUCCAUCCGUCUCCUCCCUGCCAUGCCUGUUGAGCUACAAUAGCCCGGCCCUCGUCUGCAGGACUACGACUUAGACAUUCACCCUCCACAACACAAUCAGCUCAGCCCAGUAAAACAAAGCUUCAUAGAUGAAGACAUUCAUGUUUUUGUUUUAAUUGUAAAAUGUUUUUUCUUGUUUUAAAACCUUGAAAGAAGACAAAUAUUCUCUCAGACAAUGGGGGAUUAGAUAAUAGACAACAUAAAGCGCUCUGUAUUUUUUAAUUAUAAUUAAACAUUUUGUCCUCG